AUAGAAGUAUUCUUGUUUUCAAAUGUUGCGUAAAAAGGGGAGACUCGAGGAGCAGGAGUGCCGCGUGAGAGCCCGCUGCGGGAUGCAGGGUCACAUUGGAUUUGAUUUUUAUACAUAGCCUCACUCCGUAGUAGGGGGCUACCGAGCCUGGUCUGAGGGUUGUCACUCUUGAUGACGGGACGUGUGUAGUAAAUGUAUGUAAUUGUAAAAGUCUGGGUUUGUGAGGGUGGUACUUUCUAUGUGGUUACUAUCUAUCUAUGUAUCUAUCCAUCAAACGAGCGAGGUGCAGGUGUUGUCAUCUGAAGGUGAUGAAUACCAUGGGGGGGUUACUGAUAGUUUUGUUUGGAACGUUGGAGAGUCGAGUGUACCAAAGAACUCAGUAGGUUAAAUGAGAGCUGGAAGACGACCGUUGUAUUUGCGGCGAUCAAGAAGGUAUCGAUGGUGUUCAUACAUCGCAUUUAUAGAAUUGAACAUUAAAAUGAGAGAACAAAAAUAGAAGAUGGCUCCUCUACAACCGUCAACCUCGAACGAGAACCGUAGGCGACAACAAGGAUGGCGUGGCUCGGAUAUAUGGAAAGCAUCCAAGCCUUUCGUUACGGGUGCUCUCGCGGGUUGUCUCUCAGCGACGAUGAUGACGCCCGUCGAUUUGGUGAAAGUGCGGUAUCAAGCAAGCGCGAACGGCACUGCGACAAGACAUCGGGGUUCAUCUGCUGCUAUCCUCAGAAUUGUACGUGAGACCUGGCGGGAGGCGGGAAUUAGGGGUUUUUAUGCGGGAAUUUCCGCGGUUUGGGCUCGCCAAAUCGUCUACAAGGGAGCGGUUCUAGGCUUCUACGACACGCUGGUAGAUCGAGCUUCCUUACGGGUUUCGGUUUCGAGCCCUAAAGAAUCUAAGCAACUUGUAGUUGAGACUUCUACUGCGGCGUCGUUGGCGUCUACUUCCUCCAGACCUCCGACAACUACAGGUGGAGCACAACGAACACAACUUGGAUUGCCGAUGCUGUGCCUGUGUGCAGGGACGGCAGCGGCCUUAGCAAGUGUGCUUGGAAAUCCGAUGGAUCGGGCGCUCGUGCUCAUGCAGACGCGGGGCGGUGACUUUCGCCACGUUUUUCAUGCGCUUUUCGGCAUUCUCCGACAGGAGGGCUUGUCCGGCCUCUUCGUGGGCGUGCUACCAACGGCCGCACGGGCCGUAAGUUUGAACAUAUCGUUUCUAUCCGGCAACAGCUACUUGAAGUCGGUCGUUCUUCCGCAUUACGUUGUACCAAAAGAGGUGCAAGAAAAACAUCCCUACUGGUCGAUCACUGUCGUGAGUGCGGUUCUUAAGGCUACCGCUGGACCAUCCUCAACAUCAUCCUUGGCCCUUUUUUCAAGGAGAAAAAGGGACCAGGGAGGUUCUCGGAGAUGCGAGCGCGGUAGCUCUAAGGUUCUGGCUGGGCUUCUCAGUUGCGUCACCUCAUUACCCGCAGACUACGUUAAGGUGAGGCUGCAGAGUCAGCGUCUGGAUCCCAGCAACGCCUCAAAAAUGACAGUCCUGACCUGUUGUCGGCAGAUCUGGACGACCCAGGGACUCCUCGGAUUUUACACAGGCUUCGUGCCGCACGUUGUAAAGCAAGCACCUAUGGCAACACUUACCUUGCUUUUUCAGGACGCGCUAAAGUGCCUUUGGAUAAGCCUAGAGACCCCUGAAAAUCCUAGCACGCCAAAUGAAAGAAGUUCUGUGAAGGACUACAGCGUAGCUGUAGAAACGGACACCAGAACAGCAAGGUCCGACAGAAAUGACGCAUCAGGC